GGACGCCGAGCGGUGUCUCCCCGCGGCUCUCGGGGACGUGACGGAGAUGCCUACAUAGAAGAGUGACAGCAGCUGGACUAAAUGUUUCACUGCUGAACUGGUUCCUCAGGUAUCCUGGCUCUGGCAACUGCUAUGGGAGAUUGGAUGACGGUUACAGAUCCAGAAAGCAAAAAUAUCUCUCAAUAUACCUCAGAAACAAAGAUGUCUCCAUCAAGUCUAUAUUCACAGCAAGUGCUCUGUUCUUCAAUACCUUUAUCAAAAAAUGUGCACAGUUUUUUCAGUGCCUUCUGCACAGAAGAGAAUAUUGAACAAAGUAUUUCAUAUCUUGAUCAGGAAUUGACUACUUUCGGUUUUCCUUCAUUAUAUGAAGAAUCCAAAGGUAAAGAGACAAAGAGAGAAUUAAAUAUAGUUGCAGUUUUAAACUGUAUGAAUGAGCUACUUAUUCGUCAGCGGAAGAACCUUCUAGCUCAGGAAAAUGUGGAAACACAAAAUCUGAAACUGGGAAGUGAUAUGGACCAUCUACAAAGCUGCUAUGCAAAACUCAAGGAACAACUGGAAACCUCCAGGAGAGAAAUGAUUGGGCUUCAGGAAAGAGACAGACAGUUACAAUGCAAGAACAGGAAUUUGCAUCAGUUACUGAAAAAUGAGAAAGAUGAGGUACAAAAAUUACAGAAUAUUAUUGCUAGUCGAGCUACUCAAUAUAAUCAUGAUAUGAAGAGAAAAGAGCGUGAAUAUAAUAAACUAAAGGAACGUCUACAUCAACUUGUUAUGAACAAGAAGGAUAAAAAAAUAGCUAUGGAAGUUUUGAAUUAUGUGGGGAGAGCUGAUGGAAAAAGAGGCUCUUGGAGGACUGGUAAAAGUGAAGCAAGGAAUGAAGAUGAAAUGUAUAAAAUUCUCUUGAAUGAUUAUGAAUAUCGUCAGAAACAAAUCCUAAUGGAAAAUGCUGAACUUAAGAAGGUUCUUCAGCAAAUGAAAAAGGAAAUGAUUUCUCUUCUUUCUCCCCAAAAGCAGAAACCUAUAGAAAAGGCAGAUGAUAGCACAGGAACUGGUAUCUCUGAUGUUGAAGAAGAUCCUGGGGAACUGAGCAGAGAGAGUAUAUGGGACCUUUCCUGUGAAACUGUGAGAGAGCAGCUUACAAACAGCAUCAGGAAACAGUGGAGAAUUUUGAAAAGUCAUGUAGAAAAACUUGAUAACCAAGUUUCAAAGGUACACCUAGAAGGUUUUAAUGAUGAAGAUGUAAUUUCACGACAAGACCAUGAGGAAGAAACCGAAAAACUUGAGUUAGAAAUUCAGCAGUGUAAAGAAAUGAUUAAAACUCAACAACAACUUUUACAGCAGCUUGCUACUACAUGUGAUGACGAUACCACUUCACUGCUACGAGACUGUUAUUUGUUGGAAGAAAAGGAGCGCCUCAAAGAAGAGUGGUCCCUAUUUAAAGAGCAAAAAAAGAAUUUCGAGAAAGAAAGACGAAGCUUUACGGAAGCUGCCAUUCGCCUAGGAUUGGAGAGAAAGGCAUUUGAAGAAGAAAGAGCCAGCUGGUUAAAGCAACAGUUUUUAAAUAUGACUACCUUUGACCACCAGAAUUCAGAAAAUGUGAGACUUUUCAGUGCCUUCUCAGGAAGUUCUGACCGGGACAAUCUUACAGUGCACUCAAGGCCACGACAGAAGCCCUACAGGGUGUCUAACGGGUCUACAGUUUGUACCUCUAAACUCACAAAAUCUCUUCCUGCUUCUCCUUCAACUUCAGACUUUUGCCAGACACGUUCCUGUGUAUCUGAACAUAGUUCAAUCAAUGUGCUAAAUAUGACUCCAGAAGAGACUAGACCGAAUCAGGUUGGAGGAGAAUGUGCAAAUCAGAAGUGGAGCGUGGCUUCGAGACCUGGGUCACAGGAAGGGUGCUGUAGUGGGUGCUCCUGGACCUCCACAAAUUCUCACGUAGAGAAAGAUGGCUUACCUUAGCCGUGUGGACCGGAACUUUUGUCAUUAAUACGUUCAUCCAACUGCACAUCUAAAUUGAAACAGGGUGUGUCAUAAAGUUGGUCAUCUCUAAUAAUUUAA